AUGGGAUAGAUUUGCAAGAAGUAUGAUAUAAAAGAAGUUGAUAAAAGUGAAUUAAAGAUUGAAUAAUCUCCUUAAAAUAAAGAUAUAAAAUUUAUAGAAGAUUUUGAAUUUAUUAGUGGUUUGAAUAAAGGAGAAUCUUCAAAAAAAAUAAGCAUACAAUCAUUCUAACAUAAAAAUAAUAGCAGUAACUACCCUUAUGGUGAAUCAAUGUAUUAAGGAUCUCUUUUUAGUGUUGUAACUCCAGAUUUCAGUGCAAUUUCUUCUAAAUUAAUUUAGUGA